AUGGCUACUACGACGGAUUCUUCUUCGAUAUCUUCUGAGGAACCUUCCAGCGUGCCUUUCUUCUCUCUAGUCGAUGAGGAAUUCACAAGCAAGCUGCUGGAGGUUGCCUCCGACCAUGGAAUACAAGACCAAAUGCUCGAACAAAAAUGGGUGCUGUGGGAGCAACUCCAAGCGAAUCAGAAGACGAGCCCUUCCGACUGGAAGGACCUCUCGCGCUCGAUAUGCGCGUUUGAGACAGUUGGUGAAUUCUGGCGUUAUUGGAGGCACGUCCCUCAGCCUAGUGAGCUUUUCUCCGAACCCGGAGGAUGCCGAUUCGUUCGAGAGGGUCCCGGCGGUGGUCUCAGAGUAGUUGAAAGUAUGAUGAUUUUCCGUGAUGGUGUAACACCGGAGUGGGAGAACCCACUAAAUGCCGUUGGUGGGCAUCUCCAAUUCUCUCUGUCCCCGCAUAUUGGUGGUAAACAAAUUGACGAGUAUUGGAAUAACCUCGUCCUCGCAGUAGUCGGUGGUUCUCUCGCGCCCAACGGGAUGGUCACCGGCCUCCGUCUGUGCGACAAGUUAUUUUCCAAACGUGGCGGCCCAAGUCAUCAAGGAUGUGUUCGUAUCGAGUUAUGGUUCACUGCCGCUUCCGAAACUGCCAAAGUUGAGGAGCUUUGCGAAUCAGUUGAGAAAUGCAUGACCACUCGUCUAGAUGGUCAAGUCGUGGAACCCUGCCCAAAAUACGAUAUCAAGUAUCAUGGGGGCAAGCAUUGA